AUGAAGUUCUCCACGAUCCUCGCCGUCCUGCCCGUGGCUUUUGCCGCUUCUGGAACUCUCAAGGCCAAGCUUGCCGCUAGAGAAGACGGCUGCGUUAAAUAUAACGCGUGUAUCGCCAAUGGCGAAGGUCGUUGCAACCCCUGCGACUGCCAUCCCGACUAUGACCUCUGCAGAUUUGGCGGGAUUGCGCCAUAUGGUUGGUAA